AUGAAGCGGCUGACCCCGCAGAUGGCUGCGGCCUAUACCCCCAAGGAUGUGGAGAGUGAAUGGUAUGAGUGGUGGGAAAAGUCCGGCUUCUUCCGCCCUGCAUCGGAUUUGGGCCGCAAGCAUAAUGGCAACACGUUUGUCAUUGUAUCCCCUCCUCCCAACGUCACUGGAUAUUUGCAUCUUGGCCACUCCUUGACAGGUGCUGUGCAAGAUACACUUAUUCGAUUCCAUCGCAUGAAGGGCGACAACACUCUUUAUGUUCCUGGUACAGACCACGCCGGUAUUGCCACACAAGUGGUUGUGGAGAAACGUCUCUUGCGAGAAUCCGGUAAGACGCGUCAUGAUCUUGGUCGGGAAGAGUUUUUGAAGCGUGUGUGGGAUUUCAAAGAAAACCAUGCACACGUGAUUACCCGUCAACUUCGACAAAUUGGUCUCAGUCUGGAUUGGACACGAGAGCGCUUUACGAUGGAUGACCAUUGCGCAGGUGCGGUGCUGGAGGCGUUUGUGAAGUUGCAUGAAGAUGGCCUGGUGCGCCGCUCCACUCGUCUUGUGAAUUGGUGUUGUGCACUGCAAAGCGCCAUCUCCGACUUGGAGGUGGAAUUUGCCGAUGUGCCAAAAAAUGCAAAAAUUGCCAUACCAGGAUACGACAAGAAGGUCGAUAUGGGUGUUUUGACGCACGUUGCCUACAGGUUUGAGGAUAGCGAUGAUGAGAUUGUUAUUGCCACAACUCGACCGGAGACUAUUCUGGGUGACACGGCGGUGGCAGUCCACCCGGAUGAUGAACGGUAUAAGAAAUAUCAUGGCAAACGCCUGAAGUGCCCUUUCCGUGAUGAGACCAUUCCUUUGAUUCUCGACCCUGUAUUGGUUGACGUGAGUUUUGGCACAGGUGCCGUAAAAAUUACUCCCUCCCACGAUCCAAAUGACUUUGAGGCGGGGGUACGUCACAACUUGCCACAACUGACAAUGAUGGAUCUCAAUGGACGGAUUACCAUUGAUGGCCCUUUUAAAGGAAUGCAUCGUUUUGAUUGCCGACGUGAAAUUGUGAAGGAACUGGAGAAGAUGGGGCUUCUGCGUGAUGUGGUCCCGUACGAGUACCGUGUUGGUCGCUGUAGUCGUACAGGUGACAUUGUGGAGCCACUUUUGAUGCCACAAUGGUUUGUUGACUGCAGCGAAAUGGCCCGUAAAUCUGUGGAGGCGGUACGUAAUAAAGAGCUGCGUCUUUACCCUUCUUCGCACGAAGCGGUUUGGUUUCACUGGUUGGAGAAUAUAAAGCCGUGGUGCGUCUCUCGACAGCUGUGGUGGGGACACCGUAUCCCUGCGUACAAAUGCUCGGGUGUGGUGCCAUCCAACCACGAAGAUCCAUGGGUGGUGGCUCGUAACAUUGCGGAGGCAAGGUCCAAGGCACGUGCGAAAUUUAACUUGACCGACGCGGAGGUGGAACAACUGGUGCUGGACCAGGAUCCAGAUGUGCUUGAUACGUGGUUUAGUUCUGCCAUGUGGCCUUACUCUACCCUUGGCUGGCCAGGGGACACAGACGAUAUGCACAAGUUCUUCCCUGGUAACCUAAUGGAGACCGGUCACGACAUUCUCUUUUUUUGGGUUGCACGCAUGGUGAUGACGUCACUUCAUUUCACAGGAAAGUUGCCAUUUUCAGAAGUGUUUUUGCACGCUAUGGUGCGUGACAAAAAUGGUGAGAAGAUGAGCAAAUCCAAAGGGAAUGUGAUUGACCCACUUUUUAUUAUUAAUGGUAUCACUCUUGAGGGGCUGCACUCCACGGUGACGAAUGGUAAUUUGGAUGAGAAGGAAGUUCCCCGGGCGUUAAAGUUGCAGAAGGAGACGUUCCCGAAUGGCAUUCCUGAAUGCGGUAGCGAUGCACUCCGGUUUGGCCUUCUUUCAUAUACUCAAUCAGGAAGAAGCGUCAAUCUUGACAUUGAUCGCAUCGUCGCCUACCGCCAAUUUUGCAACAAAUUAUGGAAUGCAGUGCGGUACGUCCUCUACCACGCAUUGGGAACGGAAUACAAACCGGGCCUGACAGUGAUCGACGUUUUAAGGGCGGAGAGUUAUCCGCUGGAAUGCCGUUGGAUUCUCUCCCGUCUUGAUGUGGCGGUGGAGGAAUGUACCCGCGGGUUUUCAGAGGGCUCCUAUGACUUUGCCCUUACCACUAACGCAGCCUACCGCUUCUGGUUGUAUGAGCUGUGCGAUGUCUUCCUUGAGCUGACGAAGUUUUCCAUUCAUGCUGGUGGUGAUAGAAAGCAGCUGGUGCAGGAUGUAUUAUUACAUGUGGUGGAAGUCGCACUCCGUCUGCUUCACCCCAUGAUGCCUUUUCUCACAGAAGAGCUCUGGCAUCGCCUACCAAAUUACAAUACUUUUGGGGUGGAGAGUAUCAUGCUCGCCCCGUACCCCGCAGUGGCUGGAUGGAAGAAUGACACGGUGGAGGAGAAGAUGAGGAUUAUGAUGGAUACCGUACGCAAUGUCCGUUCCACCAAAGCCUCAUAUUCUCUUACAAACAAGCAUAAACCGGAUGUGUGGAUUACCGCACAAACCGCAGAGGUGAAGCAGUUGCUUAUGGAUCACAGCUACAUGGUGAUUUCCCUCGGUGUGGUGGGAAAUGUUUCCGUCAUUUCGCCGGAGGAAGUGGAGGCCAAUGUUCCAAAGGGCUGCGGGUUUUCUGUUGUGAACAAGGAGGUGGGCGUCAACAUGAUGCUUUUGGGUUUUAUUGACGUACAAAAGGAGGUUGCGAAGCUCGACAAGCAGCUUGUAGGACUUCAAAAGCAGAUUGAAGGCCUAAAGAAAAAGAUGUCCAUUCCAAACUACGACAUGAAAGUACCUGCGGAUGUGCGGACUGCGAACAGUGAGAAGCUUGACACGCUCACGGCACAGGAGAAGCAAAUUCUAGAAGGCCUGGAAAAAAUGAAGAGCAUUCUUUAG